AGACCCUAAAAUCCGCUAUGUAUCAUAUAUCGCACUAUGUUACUUUGGCAAUAAAUCGCUAUGUGUAUACAAACUACACACAUGACGAUUUUUUCCAACCAAAUUUAAGUCGCUAUGUAGCAAAAUUUGGUUAAAAUAAUCAUAUUGUAAAAAAAUACAAAAAAAUCUGUUUAUCAUGAGUAUCAUGUAAAAAUCAUUGAUCUAUCAGAAAAAAAAUACAGGUGCAACAAAUAUAUUACAAACAGGAAAAUAAACAGUUAUUUUUGUCUCCUGAAAAGUAGCUUAAAAAUACAUGGCGAUUUUUUUAUUCGCACCGACGGUAUCUGAUGUCAACUAUACAACCGACACCGAUCUCCAAGCACUGAUUACUACUACAUACAUCUUAUAUUUACUCUCAUUUUCUCAGUGCCACUAGUGUAGUGCCACUACACUACUUUGUCACACGUAGGACGGGACGCAUCACACUCAAAAUUACAUCACACAACCAUGUCACAAACUUUUUCAAUGGCUGCUUAAAUUUUACAGUUACUGAGCUCAUAAUUUAAAUUAAAUAAUACAAAUGAUCACUAAAUAUACCUACAUUAAUUUAAAUAUAAUUACCGGUUUGAAUACAAACGUAGACCCCAGUCGGAAAAACGUUACGCUUAUACUUAGUCAUUAGGUAUGACAAAAAAGACAAAACGAUCUAAGAAAAAUACGUAAGUCAUGAGGAUAAAAAGUGUCGCUAGUCACUCCUGGGCUUUCCGACUGAGGCUUCGUCGUUUCCGAUUCCGUUUUGUGUCCGUGGAUUUGACGAAAUUUUAAUCCAGGAAAAUGAAUACGGCUCCUGGUGUAAAUAUUGUGGUAAGUAAGAGCUUUUCUUAAUUAAUAAAACUUUGAGGAAUGUCAUAAAGUCUGCUUGUUUUUUAUUUCUCUGCUUUACUCUACCUAUAUUGUAUAGGUACAUAAGGUAGGUCCAUCUAACCGAACAAUGUGUGCAAGUCUAGUGAAACGUCCCACUUUGUUGCUUUACAAUUAGGACGAGAUUUGCUUGUAUCUUUAUACAAAUAACCUAUCAAAGCGUCCUUAUGGCAAGCGAUAAAUUGGGACCUUGCUAAGAAUCGACACAAAUAUUGAUUUAUGAUAUUUGAUAUAUAUGUUGCAGUCAAAAGUGUGAACUGGUCACUCUGCUUUUGACUGAGCAUGUUGGUCAAAAGUACUUUUACCUGAAAAUCAUACCUAUUUCUGGCAGCAGUUACGUUUUUAGGGCGACGCAAAAAAAAAAAUAACCCUAACCUACCUAUCUCUGGGAACAGUUUCGUUUUUUGGGCGUAGCAAGAAAAAUAACUCUAACCUACCUAUCUCUGCGAGUACUUUUGACUGAUAGUAACAGUCACAAUUACAUACUAUUAACCAAUGAUUUUCAGGUAAAACUUCUUUUGACCAACAUGCUCAGUCAAAAGCAGUUUUGCCUGUUUUUGUCGGUUAAAAGUUAUUUUGACCAGUUCACACUUUUGACUGCGACAUAUAUAAUUCAUCGAUGUUUAAUGAUUCUUUUUAGUACGGAAGGUCAUCCGUUUUGUUUUACAUAAAUUAACAAACCAUGAAACCACUAAAAUGACAGCAGAGUAAAUUGAUGGUAAUUUACAUAAACCGUUCGAUACACUGUAAACGCCGAUUUAUUUAAUAAGAAAAUAAUUAUGCUUUUAUAUUUCAGAUGCGACUUAUAAUAAUAACGUGUAGUUUGCUCGGUUUAGUAAACAGUGUUCCUCUUUAUAUGUUUGGUACAUCGGCACCAACACAUUUUGUAAAAACUGGAAUCGGGGAAAUUUCGCAAGUAUUUAAGACCCAAGACACAAAAUAUUACACAAACUUUACGUUUGGUAGGAACAAUCGAUUUUCUAAUGAUGACAACAUCAAUCAAGACGGGGACUAUUUUUACCCAGCUCCUUUGGGCAUAUUUGAAAAGAUUAAACCACAGCAACCUUUAGAGAUCAAUAAACUAACUACGGAAAACGACCAGUUCUCUGACACCCGCAUACCAAUUAAAAAUGACCGUGGCCCUAAUGACAGUGAGGACGGUCCAGGGUCAUUGCCCGUGGAACUGGAAACUAAUCAGAAAACUGGAUCGGAACAGGAUCCCGACAUUUACACACUGAGCCCUGAUUAUACUGCUGAAACAACUGAAUAUGAGAUUACAACAGAUAGUCUGAUGAAUCGUGUCGGUGGUUCUUCAGCUGCAGUACUGGCCUCGCUUCUUGGUCCAGGUUAAACGUGGGUGCAACACUAUUGGAGCAGCUACAGUAGCUACACUCUAUCGUAACAUAUAUGUAAUUUAAUUUCAAAUGAAUUUUAUAAUAAUAUUUAUACCCAAGUUCACUACACGUAUUAAAUUUAGCUGUGGCUGAAAUCAGCUAGGAUUUCAUAAUGAUCACAAAACUAAUAGGUAUGUAAGUACUUAUGUAAAAUUAAUUUUCAUAAUAAUUAAUUAAAAAAAAUAAUAGAUUUA